CAACAAACGCAUAGUAAAAUUAUUCUCCAUUGAAUCGUAUACCUCUCCGUCUAACGCAGACGCAUUCAUCUAUCCGUUUGCUGGGCGCUUUUGACGUGUAUACACCUCCCUCAUUACACGAAUAACACAGUGACUGCGAACUGUCAACGUGGUUUCAAGUUCAACGUUGAACGUUGUUUGUAAAUAAUCACACGAUACUAAUCCAUCACUAUCUUAUAUCAGAGAAUUUCAACUUGAAAAAUGCAUCCAAAUCAAAAUGAAAUGGUAAAUAUCAAAAUCAAACUGACGGACUCGCUUAAAGUUAUCAAUUUGUUCAAAUGGCUUCUGGAUUCUUACGUUUUGGACUUCUAUGUGGAUAAUCACUGGGAGAAAAUGCCUAAAUCUUGGAUUAAAACAUUAUCUAACAUUCCACCGGAACAUUUAAGCGAUUUACUUAUUGGACCACAACAGCAAACUGAAAAAACACUUUGGCCACUGUCACUACUUGCUUUGCGAAAACUUCUUGAGAGACUUAGCAUUUCAAGGAGUCCGGUUAAGGAACCGGCUAAAAACAACCAAUCUUCCAAAGAAAAAGAUUCGAAUAAUAACCCGAAACAGGAUUUCAAUUGUUUAACACACCCAAAAAUUUGCACAAUUUUAACGAAGAAAAAGAUCAAAGAAAAGAAACGACAUGAAAUUGAACGCAUGGGCCAAUUAACGGCUGAUAUAGCAAGAGAGUUAAGGUGUCAAUAUAUUGUCGAUUUUGGAAGUGGGUUGGGGCAUUUGGCACGAUUGAUUAGCUACGGUCAUGGAUUGAAUGUAUGCUGCAUCGAAAAACAAGUUGCUCUCACAGAACAAGCCAAUGAUUUAGAUAAUAAAGCCAUCGAUUUAAUAAUGAAAUUUUGCAAGGACGGAACUACUUUCCGAAAGCCAGUACACUUAAAUAUCUGUUUGAGUGAAGAUACAUCAUUUUCUGAACUAGUAAAGAACAUAAAAAAUUGCUUCAGAGUGGAUUUGAACGAUGAUACCUUUAGAUUUGGUAUAAUCGGUCUGCAUCCCUGUGGAAAUUUGGCCAGCCUAUUGAUUCGUUUUUUUCUGCAAAGCAGUGAAGCAAAAUUCCUGAAUUUAGUUGGCUGUUGUUAUUUUAAAAUCACAACUUCCAUCGACCAAAACAAUAACAACAAAGGCUAUCCACUUAGUGAAUAUUUAACGAAUUUAGUUGAACCUAAAUGGCAUCAUUUGAGUUUUGAGGCACGUGAAGUAGCUUGUCAUGCAAUUGAAGUUUAUGCGGAUCGUUUAUCGGAGAAAAACUAUGAAUACCUCCGGAUUCAUUCAUACCGCGCAGCCGCUGAAAAGAUAAUUUGUAAAUAUUCGCCAGAACGUAAACGUUCGGGGCUUCGUAGCAUUAAAAGGCUGACUACAUUUCGUGAAUAUUGCCAACAAGCAGUCAGUCAUCUCGAAGGCAUAAUUAUACCAGAUCAUGAUGUUGAGUCUCCAGAUACACAGAUGAAUUUGGAGCGCUGGAAGUCAGUCGUGAUUUUUUAUACGCUCCGCUUGAUGCUUGCACCAAUCGUUGAAAGCGUCAUACUUUAUGAUCGUAUCUUGUACUGCAUAGAAAAUGGCUGUUCUACAAAAAUUGAUGCCAUAUUCGACCCUAACAUCUCAGCAAGAAACCACAUCAUUACUGCCAUAAAACCUUGAUCUGUUAUCUUGUCUUUGGCAACAAAUUAUUUGCCAAUUGUUGAAUAAAAUUAUUUAUUUGGAAAAUAAAA